CGGCAUGGCGGCGCUGAGCUGAGGUAGCAGCUCUACUGGACGGACACCGAUAGCCUGGCUUUGGUUAGCUUUCCUUGUCACCUGCUCAUCCGCAGGGCCGGGCCGGACAUGUCGGCCUGAGAGAGCAGCGGAACAAACCGAGAGAUGCAACAACAACAACAACAACAGCAGCAGCAGCAGCAGCUUCAGCGGCUACAGCAGCAGAAGGCAGAAAACAGCAAAACCAAGAGCAUGUUUCUGUCCAGGGCGCUGGAGAAAAUCCUCUCUGAUAAGGAGGUGAAGAGGAGCCAGCACAGCCAGCUGCGCAAAGCCUGCCAGGUGGCGCUCGAUGAAAUCAAGGAGGAACUGGAGAAGCAAAAGGAUGGCACCGUGGUCCCGCCCAGAGCCAACUACAUCGAGGCCGACAAGUACGUGCUGCCCUUCGAGCUGGCCUGUCAGUCCAAGUCCCCCCGGAUAGUCUCCACCUCGCUGGACUGUCUGCAGAAGCUGAUUGCGUACGGACACAUCACCGGAAACGCCCCCGACAGCAGAACUCCGGGGAAGCGGCUGAUCGACCGGCUGGUGGAAACCAUCUGCAACUGCUUCCAGGGUCCGCAGACCGACGAGGGAGUCCAGCUCCAGAUCAUCAAGGCGCUGCUGACGGCGGUGACCUCGCCUCACAUCGAGAUCCACGAGGGCACGGUGCUGCUGACCGUCAGGACCUGCUACAACAUCUACCUGGCCAGCCGCAACCUCAUCAACCAGACCACCGCCAAGGCCACGCUCACGCAGAUGCUCAACGUCAUCUUCACGCGCAUGGAGAACCAGGCCGCUCUGGAGGCUCAGGAGCAGGAGAAGGACCGGCUCCGUCUGCCACAGCAGAACCCGUCUCCGGUCCCGGGCGGCCGGAGGUCUGGUUCCCCUCGGUCCGACCGGACCCCCACCCCGGAGCCCCAGAGCUCCCCAUCCCCGGCAGCCAGCACCCCAGACCUCACCAACACCUCCAGCUCCACCCCCCCGCCGCCACCGGCCCCGGACUCAGAGCAGGACCACGCGUCGGAAACGCCCUCCAUCAACGGAGAACCCGAAGGCGACAGCGCUCCGAUGAACGGAGGAGCCGAACAGGUCACACCAUCUAGAGAUUCAGUUUUCGAAGAUGCUGCAGAAACGUCUCCUACAGAAGCUCAGGAGGCCGAAGAGGUGGACCAACCAGAAAACAGCUCAAACCCUGCAGCGACUGAAGGAGAACAACAGACCAACAGUGGAACAGGACGCGAUCUCCCGGUUCACCCGGUUCCAGAGCAGACGGAUGUGGUUCCUCCUCGGGUCCGGACAGAAGGUCAGCAGAUGAACGGCAUCAUCGAGGAUCGUUCUUCUGUUUCCUCCACCGACAUGCUGGAUGCUGAAGCGCUGCAGGGACCUCACAACGCCGCCCGCUUCUCUCACAUCCUGCAGAAAGACGCCUUCCUGGUGUUCCGCUCUCUGUGCAAACUCUCCAUGAAGCCUCUUGCCGAUGGACCUCCUGACCCAAAGUCUCAUGAGUUGCGGUCCAAGAUCGUCUCUCUGCAGCUGCUGCUGUCGGUGCUGCAGGGCGCCGGCCCGGUGUUCCGCACGCACGAGAUGUUCGUCAACGCCAUCAAACAGUAUCUGUGCGUGGCGUUGUCCAAGAACGGCGUCUCGUCUGUGCCCGAGGUGUUCGAGCUCUCCCUGGCCAUCUUCCUCACCCUGCUCUCCCACUUUAAGGUCCACCUGAAGAUGCAGAUUGAGGUGUUUUUCCGGGAGAUUUUUCUGACCAUCCUGGAGACGUCGACCAGCUCCUUCGAGCACAAGUGGAUGGUCAUUCAGACACUAACACGCAUCUGUGCAGAUGCUCAGUGCGUGGUCGACAUCUACGUGAACUACGACUGUGACUUAAAUGCCGCCAACAUUUUUGAGCGUCUCGUCAACGACCUGUCGAAGAUCGCUCAGGGCCGGAGUGGCCAGGAGCUGGGCAUGACUCCUCUGCAGGAGCUGAGCCUUCGUAAAAAGGGUUUGGAGUGUCUGGUGUCCAUCCUUAAAUGUAUGGUGGAGUGGAGCAAAGACAUGUACGUCAACCCGAACCUUCAGGCGAACCUCGGUCAGGAGCAUCCGUCCGACAGCGAGGCAGGAGAGCUGAAGCUUCCUGAGCAGCUGGCCGGACGUCGGGACAGCAUCAGCUCGCUGGACUCCACCGUCUCCUCCAGCGUGGCCACGUCGCAGGCCGACCAUCCGGAGCAGUACGAGGUCAUCAAGCAGCAGAAGGACAUCAUCGAGCACGGCAUCGAACUCUUCAACAAGAAGCCGAAGCGCGGCAUCCAGUACCUGCAGGACCAGGGCAUGUUGGGCUCCACAGCCGAGGACAUCGCCCAGUUCCUCCACCAAGAGGACCGACUGGACACGACGCAGGUGGGCGAGUUCCUGGGCGAGAACAUCAAGUUCAACAAAGAGGUGAUGUACUGCUACGUGGACCAUCUGGACUUUUGCGGACGGGACUUUGUGUCUGCGCUCCGAGCGUUUCUGGAGGGCUUCAGGCUGCCGGGGGAGGCCCAGAAGAUCGACAGGCUGAUGGAGAAGUUUGCUGCUCGGUACCUGGAGUGCAACCAGGGGUAA